AUGCCGUGUCGGACUUCAACAAGUCAUUUCUUCAAAGUGGGCACCGGUGGCACAGGCUCGGUUGGCUACGCCUUUGUGAAGGCGCCCCCGAUCCGAUCGGUGGAGGACGGUAGACCGCUGCAGCUUCGAGGGUCAACGCCCACAGUGUCCAACGCUUCCACGGCCAAAAGGCGCAGCCAUUUCAGCACCUGGCAGGUGGCGACCGGCCUCGGCCUCGUGGCAUCCGCCAAGGUGGCUCGUGCGUCGACAGAGGUGGAUUGGACUGGGAGUGCCACAGGCUGGGGGCGGAUUCGGCAGAAGUCCAUUUUGGAUGUGGAUUGGCUCAACAUCCACGGCGUCAUGACGUUGUCCGCGGUGGUCCUCUUUGUGGCACAGAUCAGUCGCAUCUUGGCGCACCAGAAGCCAACCGAAUUAGAGGUUUGGCUCACGGCCAUGGUCUACCUCCCUUGGAUCUACUUCUGCUGGAGGGAUUCCGAACAGCUCGAGAACCACUACGCGGUGACCUUCUAUGCCUCCUGUGGUUGGGCGGUGAUGUCUUUGUCCUCUCUCUUUUCGGUGCUCUAUCAAGACAAGUACCCGGACUUCGCCUUUGGCGUCCUGCUGUUUGGGAAUGCGAUCUUUGCAGUGGCGUGCCUCUACUUCUAUAGCUACCAUUGGACUCGCAUGUGGCGGCAUUUUACACAAAACCGCUUCCGGCCCUUGUGGAUUCCCGGCUUGCUGGGCUUGAUGUGUCUCCAUUUGCUGACUCCUCUGGAUCUGAUGAAACGCUUGGAUGACCCGGGAUGGUGGAAGACUGUUUGCCAAGUGUACAAUGAUGAGUGGUGGUGGGUGGCGGACGUGCGGAUCAUCGAGUUGUUCGUGACGGCGGCCGCUCUGUUGCUGAUCAUCCUCCACAUCCAGGGUGUCUUCACUGGAAUGAAGAAUGCUGCCGUCGUUGUCAUUGGGACGAUCUUUGCUCCUUUGGGCCUUAUGGUCCUCGAAAGCACCUGGUUGAGGGCCUCUGCUUGGCAGCACUACCUCAUGGUUGGACCAAAGUACUGGUAG